UUGUGCUGUUAUUUGGCUGCCUGCUGAGACCUCAUCAUGUCUUCGCACAAGACUUUCAGAAUUAAGAGGUUCCUUGCUAAAAAGCAGAAGCAGAAUCGUCCCAUCCCUCAAUGGAUUCGCAUGAAAACUGGCAAUAAGAUUAGGUACAACUCGAAGAGGAGACACUGGAGAAGAACCAAGCUGGGGUUAUAAAGAACUGUGACCAUGGUGGCUUACGUUCACUCUUUCUCGUGUCCAAAACACCUUGCCAUGUUACCACCCUGAUUUUGCAAAUUCCAAAGCAGCAAACAAAGCAAACUUGUUUAAAAAAAUUGCACUUUUGUUUUCAUUUAUUUUAUUGGUUCAGUAAUAAAUGUGAUUUUAAGUGAACAUAA